GCUUAUCGCCUCAACAGGGCAUCGGUGGCGCUGGCGAGGAAGGCAGCCGACGAUGUCACCAAACAAACUGGUUGUAAACGCUAUGUGGCCGGGGCAGUGGGUCCCACCAACAGAACCCUGUCUGUAUCCCCGUCUGUGGAGAGACCUGACUUCAGAAACAUCACAUUUGAUGCACUUGUAGAGGCCUACUCAGAACAGGUCAGAGGUUUAUUAGAUGGAGGCGCAGACAUCCUUCUGGUUGAAACCAUCUUUGACACUGCCAAUGCUAAGGCUGCCUUAUUUGCCAUUGACCUGCUGUUUGAAAAGAGCAAUGAAAGAAGACCUAUAUUUAUCUCAGGAACCAUCGUUGACCGGAGCGGACGGACUCUGUCCGGUCAGACAGGAGAAGCCUUUGUAGUGAGUGUAUCCCACGUUAAACCUCUAUGUAUUGGUCUGAAUUGUGCCUUAGGGGCGAUAGAGAUGAGGCCGUUCAUUGAGGCUAUAGGAAAAAGCACCACAGCUUUUGUUAUCUGCUAUCCCAAUGCAGGUCUUCCGAACACGUUUGGAGAGUAUGACGAAACUCCACAAGUAACAGCUUCUAAUUUGAAGGAGUUUGCUAUGGAUGGACUAGUGAAUAUUGUGGGAGGCUGUUGUGGGACCACUCCAGGACACAUCAGAGCCAUAUCUGAAGCAGUCAAACAUUGCCAGCCAAGGGUUCCUGCUGCUGAUGUUUAUCAAGACUACUUGCUGCUGUCAGGUCUAGAGCCAUUCAAGAUUGGCCCUUACACCAACUUUGUUAACAUUGGUGAGCGCUGCAACGUGGCUGGGUCACGCAAGUUUGCCAAGCUGAUCAUGGCAGGAAACUAUGAGGAGGCUCUAAGCAUUGCUAAGGCCCAGGUGGAGAUGGGGGCCCAGGUCCUGGAUAUAAACAUGGAUGAGGGGAUGCUGGAGGGGCCAACAGCUAUGGCCCGAUUUUGUAACCUAAUUGCUUCUGAACCAGACAUUGCACGGGUUCCUCUGUGUAUUGACUCCUCCAACUUCUCAGUGAUUGAGGCCGGGUUGAAAUGCUGUCAGGGGAAGGGUAUAGUCAACAGUAUCAGUCUCAAGGAAGGAGAGGAGGAGUUCUUGCUCAGAGCUGCCACUGUGAAGCGCUACGGAGCAGCUGUGGUGGUCAUGGCUUUUGAUGAAGAGGGACAGGCCACAGAUACAGGCCGUAAAGUGGAGAUCUGCACUCGGGCCUACAAACUGCUGGUUAGCAAAGUGGGAUUUGACCCAAACGACAUAAUCUUUGACCCCAACAUCCUCACCAUUGGUACAGGCAUGGAGGAACACAAUGAGUACGCUGUCAACUUCAUCAGAGCCACCAAACAUAUCAAGGAGACAUUACCAAGAGCCAGAGUGAGUGGAGGUCUGUCCAACCUGUCUUUCUCCUUCAGAGGGAUGGAGACCAUCAGAGAAGCUAUGCACGGAGCAUUUCUCUACCAUGCUAUCAAGGAUGGUAUGGAUAUGGGGAUAGUGAAUGCUGGGAACCUGCCAGUCUAUGAUGACAUAGAUAAACAGCUGCUGUUACUGUGUGAAAACCUCAUCUGGAACAGAGACCCAGAUGCUACUGAAAAACUACUGGCCUAUGCACAGGACAAUGUGAAAGGAGAGAAGAAGGUGGUUCAGACAGAUGAGUGGAGAGAAGGAAGUGUGGAGGACAGGUUGGAGUAUGCACUCAUUAAGAGUAAUCGACCUUGGAGUGAUGGUUCCCUGUGAUAAGAUCCUCAGAGAGGCCACCAGACAGAAAGCAGAUAUCAUUGGUUUGUCUGGUCUCAUCACCCCUUCCCUGGAUGAGAUGAUCUAUGUAGCCAAAGAGAUGGAGAGACUGCAAAUUACAACACCACUGCUGAUUGGAGGAGCCACCACAUCAAAGUAUUGGUCUGACAGAGUCCCUGGCCAUGACGCCUGCUGCCUCAGUUUCUGGACUUUACUUCUCCAACCUUCAGGCCUCAUAUUUCGCUGUGGGAAAGAUCACCAAGGAGCAGGUGGAGGACUAUUCAAGGAGGAAGGAGAUGAGUGUGGAAGAGGUGGAGAGAUGGCUGGCUCCCAUACUGAGUUAUGACAGUGAGGCGUAGAGGGUGACCGCUCCAGCAGUAAACUGGACCACAGAGGGAUCAGCACAGGGCACAACGGGCACAGAAUCAGGUUUAAAGUCCAAUCAUUGUGGACCAUCCACUGUGGCUGCUUACACUGACAUCCCAUAGUAUAUGAUUUACCUUUAUAGAAGCACACUAGGCCUUAUUAUUUUACUUAACUAUUUUUGCUGUACAUUUCAGAAUGGACCAGAAAUGUUUUUUCAAUCCUCUGUGCAAACAGGUUAUUUGCUGAUUCUAAAAUAUUUUAAAAUCAUUGUUUUCUAUUUCAUGCAUCAGUCUUGAUGUUUUCUUAAAUAGGUCGUUGAACAUAUUGGAAAUUUGCAUUCUUUCUUAGAGUGAAACGAGGAGUUUAAUAUAAGUGUAAUUUCUGUGUGUACAGAGAUGGGGACAGUAUGUGCUUAGCCUAGCUUAACAUACAAACUGGAAGCAGGGGGAAGCAGCUAGCCUGUCUCAGCCAAAGUUUAAAAACAAACCUACCAACGGCUCUAAAGCUCAUUGAUUAUCCAUCGAAACUGUACUACAGGCAGAGAUGCUACAUAGAUGUAGUACCAAUGAACACCCUUUGGUACCUUUUUGCUUGUACAGAGACCAAAACUAAACUUUGCAACAUCACUGUGACAACCAUUGACAUAUGUAAAGAUGGAAGUUGCAUCUCCACUUCCUCGUACUUUCCAAAAAAAACUGCAAUAUUGAAGUCCUGCCCAUACCCCUAGCUCAAUCACAAGCAGGGCUCAGGUGUCAGUCAUCAUAACCCUUUUUAUAGCUUCAAAUAACUAAUUAAAACUGAAUGUAUCAGAAAAAUGAACACUUGAACAUAUAUUGGCAUGUUUAAAAACUACCUAAAAUGACAGAAACCAUCUUUGAAAGAGAAUAAUUUGACGUGUACUUUUAGUUUGGCUUAUGUCCCAUGUGCUAACAUGGAGGCAGCCAGCUUCAUGACCUAUACUGCAGUCAGCCACUAGAGGGCGAUUGAGAUGUUUUAGCUUCACUUCUGAAGAGCUGUCAUGUCUCAAUAUGCUAUGCUAGGCUAACCACAUCUCUCCAGCUCUGUACUGAUAUGAAGUCGAUCUUUUCAUCUCACUCUGGGACAGAAUCAUUCAUUUUCCAAUCAAAAAGUACUUAGGUUAACGGCCCAAAGUAUAAAUACAACUUCCUUUAAAUCUUCAAUUCACACAAAAUCCAAUUUCAAAUAAGUUUUAGAUUUGUAUGUGGAAGUAAAUGUAUUUAUUCCAGUUUUUAAUCAUUAUUAUGUGAAAU